UAUACAUGUCAGCAAGGCCACACGCCUUUAUUCACUCACCGGGACCAUUUGGAUGAUCCAGUGUUUCUAAUGCUAGUUCAGUCAUGUCGGCACCUGCCAUGGGGACCAGCAAAACAGCGCACAGUGAUUCCAGUAACAAGAAGAAAAAGGGACCUGGAACGCUGGCCACCGCAUAUCUGGUCAUUUACAACGUGGUUAUGACAGCGGGAUGGCUGGUCAUUGCUGUUGGUCUGGUUCGAGCAUACCUUGCCAGGGGAAGUUACCAUGGUCUUUAUUACUCGAUAGAAAAGCCCCUAAAAUUCUUUCAGACUGGUGCCCUUCUUGAGAUAUUGCAUUGUGCCUUGGGAAUUGUUCCCUCCUCUGUGGUCCUGACUGGGUUCCAAGUGAUGUCACGAGUAUUCCUUACCUGGGCAGUGACACACAGCGUUAGAGAAGUCCAAAGCGAAGACAGUGUUCUCCUCUUUGUGGUGGCCUGGACAGUCACGGAGAUCAUCCGUUACUCUUUCUACACCUUCAGCCUGCUCAACCAUCUGCCUUACCUCAUCAAAUGGGCAAGGUACACGUUUUUUAUCGUGCUGUACCCCAUGGGAGUGGCAGGGGAACUUUUGACCAUCUACGCCGCGUUGCCAUAUGUGCAGAAAACAGGGCUGUACUCCAUCACCUUGCCUAACAAGUACAACUUCUCCUUCGACUACCACACCUUCCUCAUCCUCGUCAUGGUCUCCUACAUCCCAUUAUUCCCUCAGCUCUACUUCCACAUGAUGCGCCAGAGGAAGAAAGUUCUGGGUCACGUGGAGGAGUACAGCAAAGUGGAAUAACUCUCUCCGCAGUUGCCACACACUGCAGACUGAUCGCACCGAAAACGGAAACAAGCGGAUAACCUUUAAAAGCCACACUACAGAUUUUUUUUUUUUUUUUUAAGAAGACAAGGCGUUCUUGUCGAUUAAACAGGCCAGAUUUGCAGAAUGAUUGUUAACGAUACUAUUUUGAUCAAGAACUGUUGCAGUUGGGGAUUUUAGGGAUCCUGUAACUACACAAAUGGCUUUUCCUCAGUUUAGAGGGAGAGAAAUGUCGUUUCCAUACUAAUACAUCAGGUUCUGUGUAAAACAUUUUUACAUUUUUAUUUUUGAUUCUAAAUGUAGAAUUACUGACCAAAUAUUGUAGCAGAUAUCACUCAGACAAAGGGCAAAAAUAUAGUUAGCUGCAUCUGGUGGCUUUAACCAGAAAAAA